UAUUAAGGGUACUUGAGGGACACUUUAAGUAAAAAGAUACGAGAAUGGCGAGCUCUCACAUUUGUUCCUGUGUUGGUAAUUUACGACCACGGUAUAAGCGAUUAGUUGAUAAUAUAUAUCCAGCUGACCCACGUCAAGGCUUAGUGAAAGCAAACAUGGACAAGCUAAUAUUUUACGCCCUUUCUUCGCCUGAAAAAUUGGAUAGAAUUGGUUCCUAUUUGGCCAAGAAAUUAAACAAUGACGUGGAACGUAGAAGGUUGGGGUUCGUUUUUAUCACCGUGGAAGCCCUUGAUCAGCUUCUAUUGGCUUGUCAUGCCCCUAAUUUAAACUUAUUCGUAGAAAGUUUUCUGAAAAUGGUACAGAAACUACUUGAGAGCCCAGAGGCCCAACUACAAGUUCUUGGUAGCACCUCCUUCGUAAAGUUUGCAAAUAUUGAGGAAGACACCCCAUCCUAUCAUCGACGCUACGAUUUUUUCGUCUCUAAAUUUAGUUCGAUGUGCUGGUUUAGCUCUGGAAAUGAACGAGAUUGCUUCAGGAUUCGUUUGGCUGGGUUAAAGGGAUUACAAGGCGUUGUACGGAAAACUGUGUCGGAUGACCUUCAAGCCAACAUCAUGGAUGAUACUCAUAUGACUAAGAUUGUUCCGUCUUUGUUGUUCGUGAUGGAAGAGAGCAGUAAGGGCAAAAGUUCAAGUGAGCAACAGUUUCAGGCCUCCACCACUGAAGAGGAUCCAGCUUCUUUAGCAGAAUCAUGCCUCAGAGAAUUAAUUAACAGAGCAAGUUAUGGAAAUAUUAAAUCAAUUGUGAAUCCAGUGUUAACUCACUUUGAUAAGAGCGAGCUUUGGGUACCCAAUGAGUUUGCACUCAAAGUUUUCAAGAUCAUUUUGUACUCAGUACAAAAUCAAUUUAACUACAUCGUCAUUGAGAAUCUUCUGUCACAUCUGGAUAAUCACAUUAGAGACAAGGCAAAAGUGAAAGCCAGUAUUGUGCAAGUUUUAGCAGCUUGUGUUAAAAUUGCAAGCAACAGUUCCAUAGGUCCAGCAGUGCUGGAAGUUUUCAACACCCUUCUUCGUCACUUACGGUCCUCUGUUGACUCUCACAGCGAUGGUGAUGAUGAUGAUGAUGAGAGAGAAUUUGAAGAGUCUUUGGUCAGUACUGUUGGAGCAUUUGCUGCAGUCCUGCCUGACUUUCAGAAAACUGAUAUAAUGAUGUUCAUAAUGGGAAAAUUUCCCUUGCCAGAUAGAAGACAUGAAAGUAAGCAGUAUGUCAAAAGAGAAAAUCACAAGCAUGCCAAUAUUGCAGAAGGGGAUAGUGCGCUGCAGAAAAUGCUUCUCCAAUGUCUUCUUAGUGUUGCACAGAGCUUCAACUCCAUCUCCCUGGCAACUACCUUUUCUCCAACAUUUCUGGAAUCUCUACUUCAAGCAACCAUUGUUGAAGACCCAACUGUGAGAAGACUGGCUCAUGAGAUUCUUUACACACUGUUUGAUCGUCAUGAAAACAUUCACAAACUUGGUGCAAAUGGCAUCCUGAAAAGAAGCAAGAAGAUUGACUUAACCACUGAACAGUGCUCAAAACAGGAACUCCUUUUCUUCAGAAAGAACAAGGAUGAAAUACUGUGGUAUUUGUUUGAAAGUGCCUGCAUGCUUUCAAAUUCAGUAGAUAAUAUUCUAGCCAUCUAUUUAACCAUGGGUGUUAUUACUACAGAGGUUGCAGAUGACCUUGAACUGAUUUCCAGUGUGGUACAGAUGACAUUUGGAUUGCAGAAAGUUGCAUUAGAUGAUGACUUGGUGUUACCAAGUAUGAUACGUUGUGCACUUCAUGCACUUGUGGCAGGUUAUCUCAGUGUGGUUGCUCAGCUGACAGGAAAUCAGGUUCUCAAAGAUUAUAUUUCACUCAUCAUCCAUCUGAGAGAGAAGGAAGCUGACUUUUUGACUCCAGAAAGAGCUUUGAAACCUGCAGCCAAUUCCCAUGUGAUUUCAGCCAACAGCAUUCCUAAACAUCUUCUGUUUGAUAUUUCAAACAUUACAGAGGCUUUUCCUGUGAUGGCAGAUAAUGGUAGAUUACUGAAGACACCGUACAAACACCAACCCCUAAAAGGGGUUUUAAAUGAUCAGUUUGAAAAUGAAUCGGUGGUAUCCAAUAUCAACAGUGAACUUGAUGCAAACCCUCCUGGAAUUCAACCAUUAACACCAAAGGAGAGGAUAACAUUUCAAAUGCUGAAAGAUGUUGUGUCAGAAAAAUCAUCAAGAGUUGUAAAGGAGAGAGGUAAAGAUGCCAAUUAUUUUGUUUCAAGUUUUAGUGAAAUUGCUGAUGAUGCAAGUACCAGAACACUAGAAUUCAAUUCCAAAGUACUAACUGUACUGGAUUCACUUAGCACUCCACUUCAAAGUAGAGCUCUUAGUAUAUCAACACAGAGCUUGUCUUCAAAUCCUGUUGAAGAAAGCUAUAUUAUGAAGUUUCCUGGACAGUAUGUGUAUUAAUGAAAUACAACAAUACCAACAAAUGAAUUAUUUUAUUUAGUUAAAGGAUCCAUACAUUAAUUGCCUAAUUAUAUCAAUUGUUAAAUGAUUUUUCAUAACAUUGAAUUUCUAAUUAAGAGAAAAAUUGUAAUUGAAAGUGAUUUAAAGGUUAUAGGUAUUUAAUGAGGUAAUUUGUCAGAUUUUCUUUUUAUUAUUAAAGGAUUUAUCAGGAUGACUAAAUUUACAGGGUUGGUUAUCAGUGCUUGAAGUAAACAAGUAGUAUUUUUUCGGUGAACACUAUAAUAUGAUAACUCAAUUGUUUGUAUGUAUACCUUUUUAAAAUUUUGAUCAGAUUUAACUGGGUGUUAUUGGUCUCUUUUCCUUCUUUGUGAAUGGAGAAGAAUGCUGCAAAACUUAGUUAUUAUCUUUCUCAGCCUUUAAAACAAUAGGAAGAAAUUUACCAGCAUUCCAAGAUUCUUAAGAAUAAACAAAAAGGUCAAAGUCUGAUUUCAAAUGUACUCAAAAUUUGACAAUGAAUGCAACAAAUAAAAAGGAGAAACAUCAUUGUGACUUGGCCUGAACUAUAAUGCAUAUGUCACAAAAAGCUGCUGUUCUGGUUAAUGCUAAAACUUGUCAUUUGAGUCAAGAAUGCCUUUUUACAAAGAUUCCAGUCAUUCAUUCCCCAAACAGAUCACAAAGGAUCUCAAAAUUUUUAAUGGUAGCAUCCACAUGGAAUGUAGGCACAUUUGAGUGCAAUUUGAUAAAGUUAGGUUUCCUUUUGCACAUCACAGAAAUCAGUUACUGUCAUAAAUUCACAAAUACUUUUAAUUGAUGGAUAUUAAAACUACAUGGUGUCUAAAACAUUCUUCUUCCUUCAUGUAGGACUGCCCCUAAUUUUUUAGCUUUCUGAAUAUCUCAUAGAUUUCCUUGAAUUUUUCACAAAUUUUCUUGUGAAUGCUUGUUUGAUUCAAAUAAUUAUGACUCCUCCAAACUAGGGCAUGGUUAACUACUUGUACAAUUUUUCAAAUGUUAUUUUGAAAAAUGAACUGGAUGUUUGACUCACAUUGCAGUAAGCUUUGGUGGUUAAAAUUUCAAACUUUUAUUUUUAAAAGUGGUUACCUAAAAUGAAAACUUCCUCUCCAUCUACCAAUGUAAUUUUUGAGGUAUGUUCAUUGGUACCUUUUGAAUGGCAUACUUUACACUUGCAGUGAGUCUUUAUAGGGGUAUUUCAUAAUUUACUACAGCCUUUUGACUGAAGGGCUAAAGGUUUUAGGAAGUAACCUUGGUGGAGAUGGAAAAGAAAUCAUUCCAGUCUGUGAUUAUCCACAAGGUAAAGAAAAGUGUGAGCUUGGCUACAUUAAACAUUAAAAUUAAGCUAUUGUUAAUGGUUAAAUGCACAAUGAUGAAAAUCUGAUUUGGAUCAGCUCUUAAGUGUAGAUGUUAGACAGUAUCUGUUGUGGUUUAAUACACAAUGGUUCAAAUUGUGUUUCCCUUAUGGGGUGUAGUAGUAUGUGAUGGUGGGUUCAGAACUGAACAAGGAUAGAACUUGAAGGAAUACAAAUUAAUUGUGCAAAUCAGCUUUAUAUGUCUAAGUAAAGAACAUUUAUAAACAAAAUGGUGCCGAGUUUCAUCAAAGAAAAGUGCCCUCUAAAGAGAAAUUGUCUUCUAGUAUGAAAACCUGGUUCCUAAAGAAUUGUCUUUGGCUAUUAAAUUUCUGAAGAUUUU